CGUUUCCCCCCCCCCCCCCCUUCAUUUAUCUCUUUGAAAGAAAAGGAGGAAAACCAAUAAUCCUCUUAUUUCCUAUGGUAAAUCUUUCUAAAUAUGGAAAUAAAUUGGGAUGUAUUUAUAGUAAUUUUAGUUGUAGUUUUGAGUGCCAGGUUGGGUUCGGCUGGAGAUAUUGUUCAUAUCGACAACGUUGCUCCAAAGAGACCUGGUUGUUCUAAUAACUUCGUUCUGGUAAAAGUCCCAACCUGGGUUGAGGGUUUAGAAGACAAUGAGUAUGUUGGUGUUGGCGCUCGUUUUGGACCUACUUUGGAGUCGAAGGAAAAACAUGCAAGCCAUACCGAACUUGCACUUGCAGACCCUCCUGAUUGUUGCAGCAAACCUAGGAAUAAGCUUACAGGGGAAGUCAUUCUGGUGCAACGAGGUAACUGUAGUUUCACAGUGAAGGCAAAUGUUGCUGAAGAAGCUGGUGCUUCUGCCAUCCUCAUAAUAAACAACCAAACAGAACUCUUCAAGAUGGUUUGUGAAUCUGAUGCUGAUGUAAAUAUAAAAAUACCGGCUGUCAUGCUCCCUCAGGAUGCUGGUUCACGUUUGGAAAAAUAUAUAACUAACACCACCAUGGUGUCUGUUGCUCUUUACUCUCCAAAGCGCCCAGCAGUUGAUAUUGCUGAAGUUUUUUUGUGGCUAAUGGCUGUUGGUACCAUCUUGUGUGCCUCUUAUUGGUCUGCAUGGACGGCUAGAGAAGUUGCUAUUGAGCAAGAGAAGCUACUCAAGGAUGCUUCAGAAGAAUUUCUACAAGUAGGAGCUGCAGGUUCAAGUGGUUUUGUUGACAUAAAUACAACAUCAGCAAUUCUCUUUGUUGUAAUUGCUUCAUGUUUCUUGGUCAUGCUUUACAAGCUAAUGUCAUUCUGGUUUGUCGAGGUUCUGGUGGUUCUUUUCUGCAUCGGUGGAGUAGAGGGCCUACAAACGUGUUUGGGGGCACUUUUAGCAUGUUUCAGGUGGUUUCGACGCUAUGCAGAAUCAUUUAUUAAAGUACCCUUCUUUGGAGCUGUUUCGCAUCUGACACUGGCUGUUUGCCCCUUCUGCAUAACAUUUGCUGUUGUUUGGGCAGUGUAUCGGCGUAUCUCAUUUGCCUGGAUAGGUCAAGAUAUUCUUGGCAUUGCACUUAUAAUCACAGUCCUUCAGAUUGUUCGUGUGCCAAAUCUCAAGGUUGGAACCGUUCUUCUGGGUUGUGCUUUCUUGUACGAUAUCUUCUGGGUAUUUGUUUCCAAAUGGUGGUUUCAUGAGAGUGUAAUGAUAGUUGUAGCUCGUGGUGAUAAGAGUGGAGAGGAUGGCAUACCAGUGCUACUAAAAAUUCCACGGAUGUUUGAUCCUUGGGGUGGCUACAGUGUUAUUGGAUUUGGAGACAUAAUCUUACCUGGACUGAUUGUGGCAUUUUCUCUAAGAUAUGAUUGGAUGACAAAGAAGAGCCUUCGAGCAGGAUACUUUGUAUGGGCAAUGACUGCUUAUGGUUUAGGUCUUCUGGUCACGUAUGUCGCCUUGAACUUGAUGGAUGGACAUGGCCAACCUGCUUUGCUUUACAUUGUUCCUUUCACACUUGGUACCUUAAUUACACUGGGAAAGAAGAGGGGUGAUCUCAAAACUCUCUGGACAAGAGGAGAACCAGAAAGACCUUGUCCGCAUGUGCAACUUCAGCCCUUAGAACAAAAGGAAUAAUGGUAAUAAACUGUGAACAAUAAGUAGCUCAACUGUUCGCCAGUUUUGGUGACUAGUACAGAAAUCAGUUGAAAAGCUCUUACCCUUUCAGGUUGUAGAGAAGCAUGUUAUAUUUGCAGUAUUUUCAACACUUAUAGAGACUGACAAGUAACAGAGUAACUUUUAAUCCAGUUCAACUAAUUCUAUAGGAGUUUUACAGUCGAUUCUGUAACCCUAUGAUCAGAUGAUGAGAAAGAAUUAGAUGAGUUCGAGACUGCAGUUCUGAGUGAUUUUUUUUGCA